UUCUCGAACAAGAUAGAGAACAACAAUAAUAACAGUGAGAACAACUAGAGAAGAAAAUAGAACAUCUAGUAGGCGAACAGGAGAACAAGAAGAGACGUCUGUCUAGCAGGAGAAGAGCUAGAGAAUAAAAUAAGAUCUAGCAAGAGUAUAUAUUCCAAAGAACAGCAGGAGAGAACAGGGAACAUCCACGACGAUGUUCAACUUCCUUAAGGACGUCGGCAAGGAGAUCCUUGACGAGGCGCAGAACAGCGGCCGACAGCGGCCCGGUCAGCAGCCUCCUCCUGGCGGUCAGUACGAUCAAUACGGAGGUCAAGGCCAAUAUGGCGGCCAAGGCCAGUACGGAGGUCAAGGAUAUUACGGUGGCCAAGACCAAUAUGGCGGCCAAGGCCAAUACGGUGGUCAAGGCCAAUACGGAGGCCAAGGCCAAUAUGGCGGCCAAGACCAACAUGGCGGACAAGGCGGUGGACACGACAUGCUGGGCUUCGCUUCUAAUGUUAUAGGCGGCAUGCUAAGCGGAGGCGGGCAGCAGCAGCCUGGGCAGCAGCAACACGGCGGCGGUGGGGACAUGAGCGGCCUCAUCUCGGGCAUCGGCAGCAUGUUUGGAGGCGGGCACGGCAGCGGCGGUGCAGGUGGCGGUGGCGGUUUCAGCAACCAGCUGGUGGCGGGUAUGGCCUCCCAGUACAUCGGCAAGAUGCUCAGUGGCGGCGGUGGACAGGGAGCUGGUGGUGGCAACCAGGACGUGCUUGGUGGCAUCGCAAGUAACCUCAUCGGGAACUUUAUGGGGGGGGGCGGGGGCGGCCACCAGCCUGGGGGCUCCAUUGCCAGCAACAUCAUCGGCGCUGUCACCAGGGGUCAGGCCCACACCACCCAGGACGACGGGACGGUGGACGAGCACCUCUCCAAGAUGGCCGUCGACCCCAGCAGGAGGAGGAUCCUUCCGGGGGCAGGUUCCCUCAUCUCGUCGCUACUGAACAGGGGCGCGUACCACCUGCGCAACCGCAUCAUGAGGGGCGGAAGGAGCGGCACCGGUGACGUCAUCAACCCCGCCAAGGCCGUCUGGAACUUCGGGGAGCGGGGCUCCGGCCUGCAUGGUCGUGGGGAGGAGGUGCAGGAUUUCGAGCGCAUCCGGGACUACUGCCUCGAGAACGGCGUCCUGUUCGAGGAUCCUGCCUUCCCCGCUCAGGACUCCUCGAUCUUCUUCAGCAAGAGUCCCCCCAAGCCCUUCGAGUGGAAGCGUCCCCAUGAGAUCUCGGCGCUUCGGGAGAUCAGCGGGGACCCGCAGUUGUUCGUGGACGGCGCGUCGCGGUUUGACGUCAAGCAGGGCGAGCUGGGUGAGCUGACAGGUAGUGGACCUGUUGUGUCUGUAAGGGGGGACAACUACGCUGGGGCCUUCCACUUCAGGUUCUGGCAGUACGGGCGCUGGGUGGACGUCGUGAUAGACGACCGUCUGCCGACGUACUACGGCAAGCUCGUCUUCAUGCACUCCGAUGAGCGCAACGAAUAUUGGUCCGCCCUGCUGGAGAAGGCCUAUGCUAAGCUGCAUGGGUCGUACGAGGCCCUGAAGGGAGGCACCACAUGUGAGGCCAUGGAGGACUUCACUGGGGGCGUGAGCGAGCUGUACGACCUCACGGCCGCCCCUCCCACCCUCUUCCAGAUCAUGCUUAAGUCCUACGAGCGCGGCUCUCUUAUGGGGUGCUCUCUAGAGCCGGACCCUAACGAGGUGGAGGCCCGUUGCGCCAACGGGCUGGUACGUGGCCACGCCUACAGCAUCACCUGCGUCAAGUACUGCGAGAUUCAGACGCCCAGGGUGUCGGGGAAGAUUCCCCUGAUCCGCAUCCGCAACCCAUGGGGCAACGAGGCUGAGUGGAACGGCCCAUGGAGUGACCAGAGCGAGGAGUGGCAGUUCAUCCCCGAGGAGGAGAAGCAGGAGAUGGGGCUCACCUUCGAGCACGAUGGGGAGUUCUGGAUGGCGUAUAAGGAUUUCAUCCGCGAGUUCGGGACGCUGGAGAUGACCAACCUGAGCCCAGACUCUCUGUCAGACGAGGGCGUGAUGGCGUCCGUGCAGCACCACUGGGAGAUGAGCGUCUACGAGGGCGCCUGGAUCAGGGGCUCUACUGCGGGGGGCUGUCGCAACUACCUGCAAUCGUUCUGGCACAACCCGCAGUACCGCAUCACCCUCACGGAGGUGGACGACGACGAUAACGACAACAAGUGCACCGUCAUCGUCGCGCUCAUGCAGAAGAACCGCCGCUCCCAGCGCAAGCUCGGCCUCGAGUGCCUCACCAUCGGCUUUGCCAUAUACCAUCUGCGGGACCCCGACUCGCUGCCCCGCCCCCUCGACCUGAACUUCUUCAAGUACAACGCGUCGGCCGCGCGGUCCCCGUCUUUCAUCAACAUGCGGGAGGUGUCCUGCCGCUUCAAGCUGCCCCCCGGCACCUACUGCAUCGUGCCCUCCACCUUCGAGCCCCAGGAGGAAGGGGAGUUCCUCCUCAGGGUCUUCUCUGAGAAGGCCAACGUCAUGGAGGAGAACGACGGUGACGUGGGCUUCGGUCAGGUCGACGAGCGGGUGAAGCCCGCCAGUGAGGAGGAGGCCGCGGAGCAAGACGAGCGCAUCCGCGGUUUCUUUGCCAAAGUCGCCGGCGAAGAUUUAGAGAUUGACUGGAGUGAACUCCAGAGUGUGCUCAACUACGCCAUGAAGAGGGAGUUCGAGUUCGAAGGCUUCAGCAAGGAUAUUUGCCGCUCCAUGAUCUCCAUGAUGGACGUCGACCGCUCCGGCAAGCUUGGCUUGCGCGAGUUCAUCCGACUCUGGACUGACAUCCGCACAUGGAAGGUGAGUUCUUCCGACUCUCGACCGACAUCCGCACCUGGAAGUGGUAGUGGCUCCAAAACGGGCGGAGUUGUUCGUGAGCCGAUCUCGAGGGAGACUAACAGAGUUUCCGAGGAAGCCAUUGAGGAGUUUGUAUGUCAUCUUAUUCAUGUUAUUGACGGUAAACUGAUCGUAGGUGAACCAGAGAAGUCCGUGCCGCCUUCCGAGGAAGCCAUCGAGGAGUUUGUAUGUCAUUGUAUUCAUGUUAUUGACGGUAAACUGAUCGUAGGUGAACCAGGGGAGUCCGAGCCGCCUUCCGAGGAGGCCAUCGAGGAGUUCUACAACUCCUUGUUGGAGGAGACCGCGGAACUGCAGCGGGAUGCUCCUGCCGAGGAGGGGCCAGAGGAAGAGGAGGAGUGA